GGCUGGAGAUUGCAGAGGAACCAUCUGAUGGGAAGAAAGGGGCCAAGCACAUCACGGGCUUCCUGGGGCUGCAGCCCCCGGCGCAGUUCCUCAUUCCGCUCGCACUCGGGUCUCAGGCUCAGUGGAGCUCAGCACUGGGGUGUUGGUGGCAGAGCUGAGGGGCCCCCCACUGCCCCGUCAUGGCGUCUGCUCUCACCGUCCUCUUCCUUGGCUGCUGGCUGGCCGGCCGGAGUCGGGUGUCCGGAGAGGGGUCCCACCCCAAACCCUCCAUUUCCGUCAGCCCCGGUGGCGUGAUCCCCGUGGGGGGAAACGUCACCAUCCGGUGUUGGCAUCAGGGCCGGGGCAUGAGGUUCGUCCUCUACAAGGAUGGAUAUUGGAUGCAUCCGACGCACACGGACCCUGCUGGCUCUGAGGCUGAAUUUCCCAUCCCCAGCGCCAGACGGGAACACGGGGGCAACUACACCUGUCAUUAUAGCUACAGAACAGGAGCUGACUCCUCGGAGCCCAGCGACCCUGUGCAGAUCAUUGUAGCAGAUCCCAGCUUACUCAGACCCUCCAUCUCUCUGAGCCCCACUGGGGACACUGCUGCAGGGGCAAACGUCACCAUCCGGUGUCAGGGGCAGCGCCGGGACGUGAGGUUCUUCCUGCACAAGGCUGGAGACCGGGACCCGCCACGACACAUGGACCCUGCUGGGAACGGGGCCAAGUUCCGCAUCCGCACCGUGGGCCGGCAGCACGGAGGGAGCUACAGCUGCAGCUACCGGCCCCGAUCUGAGCCCUUCGUCUCCUCGCAGCCCAGCCACCCCGAGCAGCUGGUGGUAGCAGAUCCCAGCCUGCCCAGACCCUCCAUCUCUCUGAGCCCCACUGGGGUCACCGCUCCAGGGGCAAACGUCACCAUCCGGUGUCGGGGGCAGCGCCGGGACGUGAGGUUCUUCCUGCACAAGGCUGGAGACUGGGACCCGCCGCGACACAUGGACCCUGCUGGGGACGGGGCCAAGUUCCACAUCCCCACCGUGGGCCGGCAGCACGGAGGGAGCUACAGCUGCAGCUACCGGCCCCGAUCAGAGCCCUUCGUCUCCUCGCAGCCCAGCGACCCCGUGGAGCUGGUGGUAGCAGAUCCCAGCCUGCCCAGACCCUCCAUCUCUCUGAGCCCCACUGGGGACACCGCCGCAGGGGCAAACGUCACCAUCCGGUGUCAGGGGCAGCGCCGGGACGUGAGGUUCUUCCUGCACAAGGCUGGAGACCGGGACCCGCCGCGACACAUGGACCCUGCUGGGGACGGGGCCGAGUUCCACAUCCCCACCGUGGGCCGGCAGCACGGAGGGAGCUACAGCUGCAGCUACCGGCCCCGAUCAGAGCCCUUCGUCUCCUCGCAGCCCAGCCACCCCGAGCAGCUGGUGGUAGCAGAUCCCAGCUUACCCAGACCCUCCAUCUCUCUGAGCCCCACUGGGGUCACCGCCCCAGGGGCAAACGUCACCAUCCGGUGUCAGGGGCAGCGCCGGGACGUGAGGUUCUUCCUGCGCAAGGCUGGAGACCGGGACCCGCCGCGACACAUGGACCCUGCUGGGGACGGGGCCGAGUUCCACAUCCCCACCGUGGGCCGGCAGCACGGAGGGAGCUACAGCUGCAGCUACCGGCCCCGAUCUGAGCCCUUCGUCUCCUCGCAGCCCAGCGACCCCAUGCAGCUGGUGGUAGCAGAUCCCAGCUUACCCAGACCCUCCAUCUCUCUGAGCCCCACUAGGGUCACCACCCCAGGGGCAAAUGUCACCAUCCGGUGUCGGGGGCAGCGCCGGGACGUGAGGUUCUUCCUGCACAAGGCUGGAGACCGGGACCCGCCGCGACACAUGGACCCUGCUGGGGACGGGGCCGAGUUCCACAUCCCCACCGUGGGCCGGCAGCACGGAGGGAGCUACAGCUGCAGCUACUGGCCCCGAUCAGAGCCCUUCGUCUCCUCGCAGCCCAGCGACCCCGUGGACCUGGUGGUAGCAGAUCCCAGCUUACCCAGACCCUCCAUCUCUCUGAGCCCCACUGGGGACACUGCUGCAGGGGCAAACGUCACCAUCCGGUGUCAGGGGCAGCGCCAGGACGUGAGGUUCUUCCUGCACAAGGCUGGAGACCGGGACCCGCCGCGACACAUGGACCCUGCUGGGGACGGGGCCGAGUUCCACAUCCCCACCGUGGGCUGGCAGCACGGAGGGAACUACAGCUGCAGCUACCGGCCCCGAUCAGAGCCCUUCGUCUCCUCGCAGCCCAGUGACCGCGUGGAGCUGGUGGUAGCAGAUCCCAGCUUACCCAGACCCUCCAUCUCUCUGAGCCCCACUGGGGUCACCGCCCCAGGGGCAAACGUCACCAUCCGGUGUCAGGGGCAGCACUGGGACGUGAGGUUCUUCCUGCACAAGGCUGGAGACCGGGACCCGCCGCGACACAUGGACCCUGCUGGGGACGGGGCCGAGUUCCACAUCCCCACCAUGGGCCGGCAGCACGGAGGGAGCUACAGCUGCAGCUACCGGCCCCGAUCAGAGCCCUUCGUCUCCUCGCAGCCCAGCCACCCCGUGGAGCUGGUGGUAGCAGAUCCCAGCUUACCCAGACCCUCCAUCUCUCUGAGCCCCACUGGGGUCACCGCCCCAGGGGCAGACGUCACCAUCCGGUGUCAGGGGCAGCGCCGGGACGUGAGGUUCUUCCUGCACAAGGCUGGAGACCUGAACCUGCCGCGACACAUGGACCCUGCUGGGAACGGGGCCGAGUUCCACAUCCCCACCGUGGGCCGGCAGCACGGAGGGAGCUACAGCUGCAGCUACUGGCCCCCAUCAGAGCCCUUCGUCUCCUCGGAGCCCAGUGACCCCAUGCAGCUGGUGGUAGCAGAGCCCAGCUACCCCAAACCCAGCAUCUCCCUGAGCCCCAGCGGUGUGGUCUCCCUGGGGGGAGCCGUGUCCGUCUGGUGUCGGGGGCAGCGCCAGGGCAUGCGGUUCGUGCUGAAUAAAGAGGGACGCCAUUUCCCACCUGUGGAUCCGAGCGGGUUUGAGGCUGUGUUUCCCAUCAGCAAUGUGCGCCGGGAGGACGGCGGGAGCUACAACUGCUCCUAUCAAAGUAGAUCAAAGCCGUCCGCCAGGUCAUCCCCCAGCGACCCCGUGGAGCUGGUGGUGAGAGAUCCCAGCCUACCCAGACCCUCCAUCUCUCUGAGCUCCACUGGGGUCACCGCCCCAGGGGCAAACGUCACCAUCCGGUGUCAGGGGCAGCGCCGGGACGUGAGGUUCUUCCUGCACAAGGCUGGAGACCUGAACCCGCCACGACACAUGGACCCUGCUGGGGACGGGGCCGAGUUCCACAUCCCCACCGUGGGCCGGCAGCACGGAGGGAACUACAGUUGCAGCUACCGGCCCCCAUCAGAGCCCUUCGUCUCCUCGCAGCCCAGCGACCCCAUGCAGUUGGUGGUAGCAGAUCCCAGCUUACCCAGACCCUCCAUCUCUCUGAGCCCCACUGGGGUCACCGCCCCAGGGGCAGACGUCACCAUCCGGUGUCAGGGGCAGCGCCGGGACGUGAGGUUCUUCUUGCACGAGGCUGGAGACCUGAACCCGCUGCGACACAUGGACCCUGCUGGGGACGGGGCCGAGUUCCACAUCCCCACCGUGGGCCGGCAGCACGGAGGGAGCUACAGCUGCAGCUACCGGCCCCGAUCAGAGCCCUUCGUCUCCUCGCAGCCCAGCGACCCCGUGCAGCUGGUGGUAGCAGGGCGAGAAUUUCUCACGCCCACCGUCUGGCCCAGCACGGUGGUGGCGCUCGGGGGAAGCAUCACCAUCUGCUGUGAGGAGCCCAGCUACCCCAAACCCAGCAUCUCCCUGAGCCCCAGCUGGGGGGUCUCCCUGGGGGAAGCCGUGGCCAUCUGGUGUCGGGGGCAGCGCCACGGCAUGCGGUUCGUGCUGAAUAAUGAGGAACGCCAUUUCCCACCUGUGGAUCCGAACGGGUUGGAGGCUGUGUUUCCCAUCAGCAACGUGAGCCGGGAGGACGGCGGGAGCUACAGCUGCUCCUAUCACAGCAGAUCAAAGCCGUCCGCCGCAUCGUCCCCCAGCGACCCCGUGGAGCUGGUGGUGAGAGAUCCCAGCCUGCCCAGACCCUCCAUCUCUCUGAGCCCCACUGGGGUCACCGCCCCAGGGGCAGACGUCACCAUCCGGUGUCAGGGGCAGCGACGGGAAGUGAGAUUCUUCCUGCACAAGGCUGGAGACCGGGACCCGCCGCGACACAUGGACCCUGCUGGGGACGGGGCCAAGUUCCACAUCCCCACCGUGGGCUGGCAGCACGGAGGGAACUACAGCUGCAGCUUCCGGCCCCCAUCAGAGCCCUUCAUCUCCUCGGACCCCAGCGACCCCGUGCAGCUGGUGGUAGCAGAGCCCAGCUACCCCAAACCCAACAUCUCCCUGAGCCCCAGCGAGUGGGUCUCCCUAGGGGAAGACAUGACUGUCUGGUGUCGGGGGCAGCGCCAGGGUAUGAGAUUCAUGCUGAAUAAAGAGGGACGCCAUUUCCCAGCUGUGGAUCCGGAAGGGUUGGAGGCUGUGUUUCCCAUCAGCAACGUGAGCCGGGAGGACGGCGGGAGCUACAACUGCUCCUAUCACAACAGAUCAAAGCCAUCCGCCGCAUCGUCCCCCAGCGACCCCGUGGAGCUGGUGGUGAGAGAUCCCAGCCUGCCCAGACCCUCCAUCUCUCUGAGCCCCACUGGGGUCACCACCCCAGGGGCAGACGUCACCAUCCGGUGUCAGGGGCAGCGCCGGGAAGUGAGAUUCUUCCUGCACAAGGCUGGAGACCGGGACCCGCCGCGACACAUGGACCCUGCUGGGGACGGGGCCGAGUUCCACAUCCCCACCGUGGGCUGGCAGCACGGAGGGAGCUACAGCUGCAGCUACUGGCCCCCAUCAGAGCCCUUCGUCUCCUCGGACCCCAGUGACCCCGUGCAGCUGGUGGUAGCAGAGCCCAGCUACCCCAAACCCAGCAUCUCCCUGAGCCCCAGCGAGUGGGUCUCCCUAGGGGAAGACAUGACUGUCUGGUGUCGGGGGCAGCGCCAGGGCAUGAGAUUCAUGCUGAAUAAAGAGGGACGCCAUUUCCCAGCUGUGGAUCCGGAAGGGUUGGAGGCUGUGUUUCCCAUCAGCAACGUGAGCCGGGAGGACGGCGGGAGCUACAACUGCUCCUAUCACAACAGAUCAAAGCCGUCCGCCGCAUCGUCCCCCAGCGACCCCGUGGAGCUGGUGGUGAGAGAUCCCAGCCUGCCCAGACCCUCCAUCUCUCUGAGCCCCACUGGGGUCACCGCCCCAGGAGCAAACGUCACCAUCCGGUGUCAGGGGCAGCGCCGGGACGUGAGGUUCUUCCUGCACAAGGCUGGAGACCUGAACCCGCCGCGACACAUGGACCCUGCUGGGGACGGGGCCGAGUCCCACAUCCCCACCGUGGGCCGGCAGCAUGGAGGGAGCUACAGCUGCAGCUACCAGCCCCGAUCAGAGCCCUUCGUCUCCUCGCAGCCCAGCCACCCCGUGCAGCUGGUGGUAGCAGAUCCCAGCUUACCCAGACCCUCCAUCUCUCUGAGCCCCACUGGGGUCACCGCCACAGGGGCAGACGUCACCAUCUGGUGUCAGGGGCAGCGCCGGGACGUGAGGUUCUUCCUGCACAAGCCUGGAGACCUGAACCCACCGCGACACAUGGACCCUGCUGGGGACGGGGCCGAGUUCCACAUCCCCACCGUGGGCCGGCAGCACGGAGGGAGCUACAGCUGCAGCUACCGGCCCCCAUCAGAGCCCUUCGUCUCCUCGCAGCCCAGCGACCCCGUGGAGCUGGUGGUAGCAAAGCCCAGCUACCCCAAACCCAGCAUCUCCCUGAGGCCCAGCGGUGGGGUCUCCCUGGGGGGAGCCGUGUCCGUCUGGUGUCGGGGGCAGCGCCAGGGCAUGCGGUUUGUGCUGAAUAAAGAGGGACGCCAUUUCCCACCUGUGGAUCCGAGCGGGUUUGAGGCUGUGUUUCCCAUCAGCAACAUGCGCCGGGAGGACGGCGGGAGCUACAACUGCUCCUAUCACAGCAGAUCAAAGCCGUCCGCUGCAUCGUCCCCCAGCGACCCCGUGGAGCUGGUGGUGAGAGAUCCCAGCUUACCCAGACCCUCCAUCUCUCUGAGCCCCACUGGGGUCACCGCCACAGGGGCUGACGUCACCAUCCGGUGUCGGGGGCAGCGCCGGGACGUGAGGUUCUUCCUGCACAAGGCUGGAGACCUGAACCCGCCGCGACACAUGGACCCUGCUGGGGACGGGGCCGAGUUCCACAUCCCCACCGUGGGCCAGCAGCACAGAGGGAACUACAGCUGCAGCUACCGGCCCCCAUCAGAGCCCUUCAUCUCCUCGGACCCCAGCGACCCCGUGCAGCUGGUGGUAGCAGCAGCCCCCCCGGGACACCAGGAUUUCACCUACGCCAACAUCGCCCGCCUGGCGCUGAGCGCCCUGGUCCUGCUCAUCAUGGGGCUGAUCCUGGCUGAGGCCUAUUACAGCCGCCCGAGGGAGGUGUCCUAGAGCCUGGAUCCGGCCGUGCAGGGAAGAGAAUCUCCCCGGGGGACGAGACGCUUCCCCUCGGGGGACUGAGAUGCCAGCACAAACCCCCCUGCCCCCAAAUACCCCUGCCUCAGAGAAUCCCCCCCCAAAACAGCUGCCGACCUGACAGCAGCUCCCCAGGAUUGAACCCCCAGUGCCAUGUGUGACACUGCACUCCAUAUGUUUAUGGAAAUAUGCUUAUGAGUAUAACUAUAAUGUAACUGGAAUAUUCUUUAAGCAAAAGGUCUCUUGGAAGAUAUCAUUACAAAACUUAUGAUCUACUGAGUGUGGUCAUCCUAUUUGUAUGCAUGUAUCAUUCUUGUAUCUAAAACUCGAAAUAUGACGUUAACUCUGAAGUCAAUUAAUGGUGGUUUAGAAUCUUGAUGGCCCCCAUCGACUAGGACAAUUGGCUGUAGAUGGUUUAUUUACCUGCAAGCCUUCUUGUGGACGUGGAGGCCAGCCUGUGGGUAAUGAAGAAGGAGGUCUCACAGGGACAUGUGACCAUGUCACCUGAUUCUGGAAUCUAUCUUAAGCCUGGUGCUUUUCCAUUUAGAAGGAGGGGUGGGAACCAAGAGAGAGACAAGGAGUCCCGCCUUUGGCCAAAGCUAUAAAAGGGGGUGGAACAGAACAAAGGGGGCUGCCAGAUAUGAGGAAUGGCCUAGUUACCACCUGAGCUAAAACUAACAAGGGCUGUACCAGGGGAAAGGAUUGGGCC